AUGGGUUACUCAAACUUACCAAACAUUGAAGCGCUACAUCGUGAACUUGCGCUCAAGUAUGAGAACCACUUCCCUCGAAUCCAAAAGAUCUGGCGGGCAUCCAACCAAGCCAAGCGUGAACACUUCUUGAGAGCCAACACAUCACCUCUCUUUAACAUCCCCAAUGAUUCAUCAACCAAUAGACCGUGCUCAUCCACGAGUCUCUGUCCCGACUGGAAUGUCCUCGAUAUCACAGAAGCAAAGUCAGACUACCUCCUUGACAUGCUGACACAUCGAGCUACCAAGUCUCUGGAAGAGCAAUUCUGGGAAGACGUCAACGGAGAACCCAUUACGGAAGCUUCGAAUGAUGAGCUAUGGAAACCGCACCCCUGGGACACCUAUACCUACUUCAGCCAAGAGUUUUACGGGGAUACCAUUUGUAUCUCAGAGAAAACUGACGAGGAGAUCUUAAACAGGUUUGACGACGAUAUUGAAGCUGGCAUUCUCUUGCCGAUAGAAACAGGAAAGCUUGUACUUUGCAGACAAGGCCAAAUGCUUGCAAAUCUCCUUCAGAUUGUCAACGCAAUACUGGACGGUACGUCUCAGCGCAAACGCCGAAAUAGGGGAUCAGGUAAAAAGAGAGACGCCCAGGAUACGGAAGAAGCGACACCAGCGUUCCGGUUGAGAGACUUGAUUGACUAUGCAGUAAGACAAAAAGAAGACUGCGAAGUACAACUGUCACUCCUUCGCACCCAACCUGCUGUCCUCUACAGUACAGCGGAGGCUCAAUUUCUUAGCCGACCCGAGCGUGUCCCUGAGGAGUACCAACACGGAGAUAUAGAGCCCUGCAUAUAUGUCAAAGCCACUGGUAGGGAUGUCUUCGAUGUGGUUCAUACCAAGGUACGCGGUGUUGCAUUUUGGAGAUCAGUGGAAAGUUUGCUUUGCAUUAUUGAAAAGUUCUCCAAUGAAGAACUACGCAAACAAAAAGCCAUCAACGAACUGUUCCAAAUGUGCGAAAGACAGUUCUCCCGCGCACAAAAGUCUGCCGAACACCACGUGGCUACUGGUAUGGGUUGGGGAUGGUUCACAUGUGAUCGGUCCUGGGACUUGACCUAUCUCAGGAUGGAAAUGUGUAGAGCAGAGCUGAUCUUGACAGAUCUACCUCUACACUAUCUGCUAGGACUCUUUCAUACUUGCAACAUUUCCGACGCUAUGUGCCAGUUAAGGAAGCUUGGCAGUAUUUACAAGUCGGAUCCCUGGGAACUCGAGCGGUUGUCGGAGAGAGAGUCUCACAGUUUGUAUGAACUGUGCUCUGUUGCAACCUUCCUACAAAAGUUGCACGCGGCUUUUCCUGCAGUUGAUAAUGGCCAGGAAUGUUCCCCAGGUCUAGGAAAGGAUCUUUUCGUGCCAGGCAUAGAGGAGGUAGACUUGGAGUUAGAGAAAGUCAAACGUGAGGCUUUCUCAUCAACAUCUUUCUCCAAUCUCGACGAUCCCUUGAAGCCGGAUAUGGCAGAAAAGACGCUCGAGGAACUUGACAACCUGGUCAGGGAAAAGACUGGUACAACUAUGGAUAUACUGUAUCAGGAACAGGUCAAGGAGAUGGUCCGGACCUUGGAGAUUCCCAAAAGAAUAGGCCAUGCCAUAGAGAUGUUCUGGCUGGGUCAUCCCGAGGGUCGGGAUCCUGCGAAGAGAGCCGAGACUAGAAGGAAGAGAGAUGAGAGACGGGCAUCACAGCCUUUGAGUGAUUCAAGCACGCCAGCUUCUGGUUGUCUUGACUCAGACUCUACUUCUGUAGCUCAAGAGGCUGACCCAAGGACCGCUGGAAGACUCUUGGCUUUGUUUGAGAAGCUUCAAGUACACAUCUAG